AUUUGUAAUUUCCUUUUGUAACAUUUUUUGGAUGCUUUCCAUACUCGGCCUACAUUUUUUUUUUCCUACAUCGAUCUCAUUUAUUUGUUUCUAUAUAAGAAAUACAAAGCAAGCAGCCCCAUAUUGUCGGUGGCCUUCCCGUCUUUCUCCUCCCUCCCCGCUCCUACUUCUAGUCUCUCUUCGUAGAGAGAGAAAAAGGGAUUCCAAAAAGAGGGAGAAGUUGAGUAAAGGGGGAGUUGCCAAUGAGGAUAGUGGAAGAGAAGCCAAGGUUUUCAAAUAGUUUUAUUUUCUGAUUUUGUAAAUAAAUAAAUAAAUAAAAGUCGUGUUAGGGUAUAGAGCACAAAUAAUACAGUACAUAUUAUUAAAUAAGAUGGGACGAUUCCAUUAUAUUAAGAUUACUAGUGUGUGUUUUGGAAGGAAAAAAAAAAAUUGUAUACGGAACGAACUCACUUAAAACAUGUACACGUAAUUCAAAUUUAAGUUAAUUUAAAUAAACUUGUAACAUCACGUGACAUUUUCGACCGUUAUUAUAAUUUUAAAAGUAAAAGAAAAAAAAAUUCUAAGUUAUCAUUGUGACUCCAAAAACAUAUCUCAUGCAUAAGCUCUUGUAAAAAGAAAAAAAAAAUAGAAAUUGUAAGUACUAUGAUUACCGUGACAAUAAUCUCAUAUUUUUACUCCCACCACCAAAAAAGGGAAAGAAAAAAAAAAAAAAAAAAGACCAAAACAAAUGUUUGUGCCUCCGUAGUCGUUCGAAGCCGUUUCUCCGAGUCUGAACUCUCCUCCACUUCUCCCCCUCCCCCCCCCCCCCCCCCCAAUUUAACCUCACAAAAUCAAAACUCGUUCUUUACAUUUUCUGAGAAAAUUAUAAUUUUCCGAGAAAACCGGUCAGAAAAUGGACUCUGAAAGUCGACGGAAAAUCGAGGAUACGGUUUUGGACAUAUUGAGGAAAACCAACUUGGAGGAGAUGACUGAGUUCAAAGUCCGAAAGGUAACCUCGGAGCAACUUGGAAUCGAUUUCUCUGAUACAGAGCACAAGAGCUUCGUGAGAAGCGUGAUCGAAAGGUUCCUGCUUUCGUCUCCGGAGCCCAAGGUGAACGCUCGGGAGGAGCUCAUGGAGACGAAUGUGCAAGAAGAGCCGGGCACGAGGUCGAAGAAGGAGGUGACUGAGGAUGGACACCGUGUUAUUUGCAAGCUAUCUAACAGGAAAACUGUGGUGAUUAACGAUUUCAAAGAGAAAACUUACGUGUCCUUCAGAGAAUUUUAUCAAAAAGAUGGAAAGCAACUUCCUACUGCCAAAGGAAUUAGCUUGCCAAGUGAACAAUGGGCAGCGUUCAAAAAGAGUGUCCCUGCAAUAGAGGAAGCCGUUAAAAAGAUGGAAUCAAAGAUAAGAUCUGAACUUGACAGUAAACGAACUGAAAAUGGUAAGCAAACUGAAGAUGGUAAGCAAACUGGAGACGGUGUGCAAACUGAAAUCAUGUCUAAUUCAUUAAAUGGUAUUGCUCCUCAACAACUUGUUACCAUUGAGACUAGCCGUUUUGAUGGGAAAAACUACCCAUUCUGGGUGGAACAGAUGGAGCUUCAGUUGAAGCAAUUAAAGAUUGCAUAUGUGCUCUUUGAGCCAUGCCCAAGCAGUAUGCUUGGCCCGGAAGCAAGUAGUGAAGAAAUUGCUCAUUCAAAGGCUGCUGACCGGAAAUGGGUGAAUGAUGAUUCCGUGUGUCGUCGUGGCAUCUUAAACGCUCUUUCUGAUGAUCUGUUUUAUCUUUACUCAAAGAAAACCAUGACUGCUAAAGAGCUGUGGGAAGAUCUAAAGCUAAUAUAUCUUUUUGAGCAAUUUGGAACAGAUAGAACUCGAGUUAAAAAGUACAUUGAAUUUGUGAUGCUCGAGGGGAAAUCAAUUGUGGAGCAAGUUGAAAAUUUUAAUAGGCUUGCUGAUUCCAUUGUGGGUUCUGGAAUGAUGAUUGAGGAAAAAUUUCAUGUCAGUGUCAUCAUCUCCAAACUCCCCCCGUCUUGGAAGGAUGUGUGCAUUAAGUUGAUGCGUGAGGAACAUCUACCUUUUGCAAUGUUGAUGGAACGUUUGAGGGUUGAAGAAGAGAUGCGUGUUAGGGAGAACCAGGGAGCACCUUUUAACCUAGUAGGUGAUCUAGCAAGGAAGUAUGCACCAAGGCAAAGAGAUAUGAAGCCGCGAAGUAUGCAAUGGAAGAGGCAAGAAUUGGAGACAAAUGGCAAAGUUAUUUGCCAAGUUUGUGGCAAGAAGGGGCACAUCUCUCAACAUUGUCGUUAUCGUAACAGGAAGGAUGACAAGGAAGGUAAUGAUAAGGACCAUGAGGGAAAUGGAUCAAUGCCUACAAGUAUGGAGGUCAACAUGUCUGAGAGGGCAGCGGAAUAGUUAAAUUCCAUACUGCUUCCCUCCCAUCUCAUUUGCACUAACAGCAUUUCUAACUUACAGAGCAAGUACAAAGGGAAUCUGUGAUAUUGUUCCAAAGCCAGGCACGGGGCUUAUGUUCAGGUGAAAUUGGUAUCAGGUGAUAGUCUGCAUUAGAGGAUAAAUGUGGGGUUUGCAUGUUUUCUUGUGAAGCAGGGUUUUGAAACUGAUCUGUAGUUUUGUACCAUAAGUUUUUCUUUUUAAAAUUAUUGUAAAUGCAUACCAUUCUUUCCGAAAAGCGUAUGUUGGUUUUGGUACAUGAGAUUCAUUUAGGUCUGAUGUUGUGAAGUUUUGCAUUCAAAGAAUGGCUACAGUUGCUCUCCAAUA